UAUAAUUCUCAUGCCUGCUUUCUCUCUGUCACUUUGUUUGUAUACAUAAUCCUGGAUCCAUUUCCAACCCAAGAUCUCUGAACAACCCCCCCCCCCCCCCCCCCCCCCAGAGACCUUGGUUUCAGCAAAGAAAUGGCUCCACUCAUGUACUUCAACUCAAGAAAGGUACUUUUGAUCAUUUCUCUUGUUGUGUUCCUCUUUUCUUCUACUCUGCUCCUUUGUGCCUCAGAAGAAGAUGAGAAGGUGGCAAGGAUUCACAGCUCAUCACAGUUUAUGGGAUCAAGGAAAAUGUUGGGAUUGGAUGAAGAAGAUGAAGAUGUCCAGCCUAAGAAGAUCAAACCCAAGACCCCCACUACUUCCACAACCCAAUCCUCCAAAAACCAAACCAAGCUCAUCAAACCCUCUACAUCAUCAUCUUCCAAGAACCAAACCAAGCUCAUCAAGCCAAGCACCAAUUCAACCAAGUCAUCAUCACCCUCUAUCAAGAUUAGCCUCAAGAAGCUCAACUCCACUUCCAAACCCUCAAACUCCACCAAACCCACUUCAUCAUCCCUCUCCUCCAAAACCUCAGAUCUAACUAAAUUAGCCUCCCCCAAAAACAAAACAACCAAACCUACCACCACAAAACAACCUCAAACUUCCAAACCACCUCAAAAAACAGAGAAAACCCCCACCCCGAAAAAACCCACCAAGAAACCAAUCCAACCAAGCUGGAUCGAACAAGAGGACGACAUCGACUUCGUCUCCGACUUCACAGACUUACCCGGCCAGUUCCAGCAAACCCUCAUCCCUGACCUCGAGAAAAUCUCCACCACAUCAAAAAUCUACCUCACCAAAGCCAACAAGCAAAUGACCACCAGGUUCAAACCUCUCGUCGGAAACAAAUACGCCUCUACCAUUGCUUCCAUAGUCUCCUGCGCAUUCCUAAUAAUCCCAUUGCUCCUAGUCUCUCUUCUCUUCAACAGAAUUAAAGCCUACUUUUCCCUCCAAAAACUCCUCAUCUUCAUCCAAGUCUACCUCUCCAUCUACUUCUCCAUUCUCUGCCUCUCUUGCUUGGUCACCGGUCUCGAGCCCCUCAAGUUCUUCUACGCAACUUCCCAGUCCACCUACGUCUGCCUCCAAGUUCUCCAGACUCUCGGCUACGUGCUCUAUCUUCUUCUUCUUCUCAUGUACUUGAUCCUGGUCUUCUCGACUGACUCCGGGCUGGGUUCGAAAGUGUUGGGUCUGGCCCAGUGUUUCGUCGGGUUCGCUAUUGGGCUGCAUUAUUAUAUGUCGGUGUUUCACCGGGCGGUGCUCCGCCAGCCGCCGAAGACUAAUUGGAAGGUACACGCGAUAUACGCGACGUGUUACCUUGUGAUUUGUCUGUUCGCGACGGCGGAGAGGAGGAAGAAGGCUUACUUGGAAGAAGGUGGUGAAGAGGGCAAGAAGAACUGAAUUUUUGUUUGUUCCAAAAAAAAAUCCAAGUAGCACCAUAUUAGAAAUUCUUGAUACACAAAAGCAAAAAAAAAAAAAAUUUGUCAUUUCUUUCUUGUAAUCUUAGCACUCUAUAUUUUGUUAUAGUAGGAAGAAUUUAUUCUAAGUGGCCGGACAUAUGAUACCAUUUGGGCAAGCAAGUGCAUCCACAUGGUGUUGUGAAAUAUGAUAUAGAAUGUAUGCAAGUGGAAUUCAUGUCUACCUGUUAUAUCAAUAAGGCUCUUACUUUGUUAUA